AAACCGGUGCACCAUUGGCUCAAAUGUCACAAUUAGAUUUCUCUUUGACACUCUGUGACAAUCAGCACCCAAACGCUUUCCAACGCACCACGUCCGCCAUUACUUUUCCCUUCAUCUUUGGUUUAGUAGAAAGAAAACAGAAUGGGAAGGCUGUUCGUGAUCACUCUCGAGGGAAGCGUUUAUAGCUGCAAGCACUGCCAAACCCAUCUUGCUCUCCUCGAUGACAUUAUCUCUAAGUCUUUCCACUGCAGGCAUGGAAAGGCUUAUCUCUUUGAUAAGGUUGUGAAUAUCACAGUAGGAGAGAAAGAAGAGCGCAUGAUGAUGACUGGAAUGCACACUGUUGUUGAUAUAUUCUGUGUUGGGUGUGGCUCGAUUGUGGGAUGGAAAUACGAGGCUGCACAUGAGAAGUUACAGAAGUACAAAGAGGGAAAAUUCAUUCUUGAGAGGUUUAAGGUGUUGGGCCCUGAUGGAAGCAAUUACUUGGUGAGUCAGGAAGCUAUGGUUGGUGGAAGUGAUGCUGAUGAUGCUUGAUUGCAAUUCAGUUUGCCAUUUGAUCAAAUGUUUUAAUUGUACAUUCUCUGCAUCUCAUGUGCUUGUUGGCCUGCUAUUUAGGCUCUUAAAUUGGAAUUAUUUUUUCUGUUACAGAACAUUCUUUGCCAAUAGUAUUAUUAGAAUGAUUCCGUUCUUCAAAGUCCGGGUUGCUUUUA